AUGGAUAGCGGUGGAAUCAGGAAAAGAAAAGAUACGAAAGAUAACAGCAUAAAUUUUCAAGGGAGAAAUAAUAUAUUUAUUAAAGAGUCUGCAAGAUAUGGCAACAGCUGUACUAAUAAUGGUUUUACAAAAGGACAGAAUGAAAAUUGGAAUGUUCAAAACGGCAUAGAAGGAUUGUCCACAAAUGGUAGAUCAAAUGUUAAAAGGGAUUCUUCAUGUAAUAGUUCUAAGUCAGGGAAAAAGAAGUCGAUUGGAAUUUUUAAUAGUUCAAAUAUUAGUGUUAUAUCAAAUAACUGUGUGAAAUCAUUUAACAAUAUGCUGAACAAUAUAAAUUACAAUAUUAGUAGUUCUACAAGUAGUAGCAGCAAUAACAACAGUGGUAAUAAUAAUAAAUCAAGCUUUUCAUCAAAUAAUGCUUUUUAUGAAAAUCAAAUUGUGAAUUUGAAUUUUGCUAAAAGCUUAAAUUACUUGAGUAAUGUAAAAAAUUCAGUGCAAAAAUUUAGCUUAGAAAAUAGUACUUUAGGAAUAGGAAACUUUAAUUUCUUUAGCAAUCAUGAAAAUAAUGCAUUCAUGAAAAAUGAAAAUAAGGAUACUCAGAGUUAUUACAAUAACAAAAAUAAUAAUAACAAAAAAGGUGCUUCAGGUAACAGUUAUUCAAAUAAUAAUAGCGUUAAUAAUACGAAGCUGCAAAAUACCCGGAACGUUAUUAAUAGUCAAAAUUUAGAAAGUUUUUUGAAUAAUAAAGAGAUAUUAAAUGAAAAUUAUAGUAUAACUGGAUUUGGCAAUGGUUACACGAAUGAAAUAAAUAAUUUAAGGAAUAUAACAAACGAUGAAACAUAUUGUUCUUGUCUUGAUAAUUUAUUAAGAAAUCAUGGAAACAUUGAUUCAGAUGAAAUGUUAAAAUAUAAUGACAGAAAUAUAAACUGUUUAAAUGAUAUUAUAUUUUUAGAUGUGUACAGAGCAUAUAAUGUGUUAACAUAUAUGCAAGAGAAAAUUAAUAUAAUCAUUUAUACUAUUAAAUUUAUUGGGAAAAAGUUGAAACGGAAACAUGUACCUGAAGAAGUAGUUAUAUCAUUAGAAUUUCUAAAUUUCUGUGUUAAAAAUUUAGGUUUAUUUUUUAUUAGAUUUAUUGACGAAAGUUUUAUGAAAAAAAUAGCAGCUUUAUUAAAAACAACAACAUUAAAAAAAUCACUUACGAAAGAUGUGAAAUCAAAAUUAUCCAAAUUCCUUAUUGUUCCUAUAAUUCAUCCAGGAGUAGCAACUGAUCCUAGACUUCAUUUUAUAAAAAGAAAAAUUCUGUUCAUGCUUCAAUUAUGGCAUGAUUCAUUUAUACUUCAUCAACAUAUAGCAACUGCUGUUUUUGAAGAAUAUAAAUCAUUAAAAGAGAAAGGCAUAACAUUCCCUAUUAUAAAUAAAACUGAGAAAUUUUUUGUGAAAAACGCAGAAACAUCUCCAUCUUUUUCAGACGAUAAUAUAUUACAUGCUUUACCUUUAAGCUUGUCACAAAUAAACAAUAUUAUGAAAAGUCUGAAAGAAAUUAAGUACAUGUAUAAUGAUGAAGAAAAGUCGAAAUGCAUUAAUAUCGUAGCAAGAUAUAAAGAUCAAGUCUUGAAGAGUAUUAAUAAGUUGUCCGAUUACAAGGGAAACAUAAAUAUUUCUGUUACGUUAAAUUCUUUGCUUUAUAUCAACGAUCAGUUAUGUAUUUUUGAGAAGUUAGAAAAGGAGAAGGAAAAUGAAAGAGCUAAUCAAAACGAUGUAAUCGCAAGGGAAAGGAAAAAUAGUGAAGAUGAAAAAGAAAAAAAAAAAAAAAAGAAAAAUAAAAACAAAAAAAAAGAAAAUAAAGAUUUAUCUAAUAUAAAUGAAAUAAUUUUUAAUAAAUAUGAUCCAUGGAAUACCGAAAAUAAGGUGGAUAAAAAUGAUGGACCAGAUAAAAUAUUUUUUAAUGAAGAAGAAAACAGUUUUAAUAAUAAUACGAAUACUCGUAUGCAAAAACUAAUGGAUACUUUAUUUGAUGACAAAAGGGCAGCUCUAUGUAAUAAUGAAAAUAUAUUUUCUUUUUUUAGUGAAGAAACUGAAAAAAAGGAAGUGGACGAUACAUCACCUAAACAAAAAAAUGAUAUUGAAGACAAAUAUAGCGUAUUUAACGAAUUAAACUUUAAUAAUGAUAAAUCUUUCAGUAAUAUUCAUAAUAUUAGUAAUAAUUCACAUUUGCAAUUAUUUAACCAGAAUGGAAUUGAUAACAGUACUCUAAGUGAAGCAGUAAUUGAGGCUUCUCCUGCUUCUUUAGGACAGACACAAAAUGAGGACACAUCAUAUUGUGGAAGUUCUAAUAAUAUCAAUUGUAGGAACAAUUUAAAUAAUGAAAAAUGGAAAGAAAAUUUUUCAGCCUUAGGAGAAGUUAGCAAAAACAGUUUUGAUAAUAUUAAUAUGAUGAAUUGUCUGAAUCCUUCAAAUUAUGACCUCUCAGCUUUACAUAUGGCUGGAAGAGAAAUAGUGACAUCUGCAAAUAAAACACGUUUCAAACAUGUAGAUAUAAUAUUUAAUGAAGCCAAUCAAAAAAAUGCACAUUUCGACAUAAACAAUAACAAUUUUAACUUAUCAGAAAUUGAAAAUUACAAGGGUCAGAAGUUUAAUGGAAAUAAUGAAAGAAACAGCGAUAUAAAGGAAGAUCCUUCAUCGUAUAAUUCUGAUGCAAUUUCUAAUUAUUUACAAAAAGAUACACAAGUUAAUAAUAUAAUUACAGACACAAGUAUGUUUAAUGCAGAAAUAUCAGUCCAAGGAAAAAACAUAACUAAUAAAUUAAAUAACAGUGCUCCAUUUAAUAUAAGUGAUAAUAAUAAUAACAUUCAUCCAUAUGAGAGUAGUGAAUUUCAUUACAGUUACUCUAAUUACAGGAACAGUUCAUGUACGAAGAAUGAGCAGCAGAGGAAGUUGCAGAAUAAUUCACAGAAUAAUUCACAGAAUAAUUCACAGAACAAUUCUCAAAUUAAUUCUCAAAACAUUUUGCAAAACAACUUACAGAGUAAUACUGCCUAUGAGCAGCAAUUUUCCACUGACAAUGUGAACGAAAAAAAUUAUGAUCAUUUAUUUGAUACGUUUGAUUUCAGCACGGAGAACAAUACGUUUAAUCAAGUAAAUACAGAUAACAAGAAAGGCACUAAUUUGGAAAACUCAGUAAAUACUUAUGCGAGUAAUGAAAGUACUAUUAAUGUUUCCUUUAUUGAGGAAAAGAAUAGUACUUAUUCUUGCGAAAAACGUGAGGAAGACUCUCAAAACUGCGAAAUUUUAGAACAAAAUAAUGUAAAUGUAAACGUAAAUACGAAUAACACUGCAGAACCAGUUCCUCAUUGCAAAGAUUAUUCAUCAGAAAAUAAAACCAUUAAUCGAAACUCAGAUAACAUGUGUGAAUUUGGCAAAGAAAAGGAAGGGUCGAAUGAUUCAGUUGAAAAUAAUGAUAAAAAAAAGUAUGAUAUAAUAGAAGACCAAACGAAUAAGAAAAGUAUACAUAAGAUAUAUAAUCGCAAUUACGUAAAUAAUAAUAUUGAAAAUAAUUCCAAUUAUGUCAAAACGUUGACAAUUAAAUUGGAUGAAUUGAAUUACAAGGCUAAUCUUUUUUCGAGUGAACAGAAAUGUAAUAUUACAGAGGAGAAUAAUAUACCAUCAUCUGACGAGGAAAAAAGUUUAAAAAAUGGUAGUCAUAAACGGAAUAUUGAUAAGGACAACGACAUACAGAAUUCCCCUAGGAUUCAAGAAAGAAAUAGUGAUAAUGAUUAUAAUGGUAAUAAUAAUGAUAAUAAACAUGAAGACCAGAAUAGUAGUAAUUCUGAUUCUAAUGAUAUAAAUUUUGAUGAAAUCGACGAAAUAACUAAAGCUAUAGAUGAUUUAAAUGAUAAUUUUGAAAAUAUGAAUAUAUAUAAAUAUGAUAAUUAA